CAGCCCCGCCCCCGCCCCUGCGCGCGCGCGGCCGGUGAUGGGCGCCGCGAGCCCCGCGUGCGCGGCGCGGGAGCCGCUGUCGCGGGAGCCGCUGUCGCGGGAGCCGCUGUCGCGGGAGCCGCUGUCGCGGGAGCCGGCGCUGCGCUCCGUGCUGCGGCACGUGCGCCUGGAGAACCUGGCGGCGGGAAUGAGCGGCGGCGUCCUGUCCACCCUGGCGCUGCACCCGCUGGACCUCGUCAAGAUCCGCUUCGCAGUAAGUGAUGGGUUGGAGUUGAGGCCAAAGUACCAUGGAAUUCUUCACUGCAUGAGCACAGUCUGGAAGCAUGAAGGGCUUCGAGGCUUGUACCAAGGGGUGACUCCAAACAUGGUGGGAGCAGGAGCCUCCUGGGGACUUUACUUCUUCUUUUACAAUGCCAUCAAAGCUUACAAGAAGGAAGGGAAGAUGGAAAGUCUCAGUGCGAGCGAACACCUAGUGUCAGCUGCAGAGGCUGGAGCCAUGACUCUCUGCAUUACAAACCCAAUAUGGGUAACCAAGACUCGACUUGUGCUACAAUAUAACGCUGGCAUGGAUCCAUCCAAGCGGCAGUACAGAGGAAUGUUUGAUGCUCUCAUAAAGAUAUACAAGACAGAGGGCAUACGUGGCUUAUAUAAGGGAUUUGUGCCUGGUCUGUUCGGAACAUCACAUGGAGCACUUCAGUUCAUGGCCUACGAGGAUUUGAAAGAGAGAUACAACAAGUAUAGAAACAGAGUAUCAGAUACAAAACUGAACACUGUGGAAUACAUAAUGAUGGCAGCUGUAUCCAAAAUAUUUGCUGUGGUAGCAACAUAUCCCUAUCAAGUUGUGCGAGCUCGUCUUCAAGACCAGCAUAACACAUAUUCUGGGGUGUUUGAUGUGAUCCACAGGACCUGGAGGAAAGAAGGUGUUCAUGGAUUUUACAAAGGAAUUAUACCUAAUGUAAUCAGAGUGACUCCUGCCUGCUGUAUUACCUUUGUAGUUUAUGAAAAUGUGUCUGGCUUUUUACUUGGUUUUAGGAAAGAAAAUAAUUAAAGGUAUGAACUUGUGUUCCUAGGAAGGAAUCUAUCCUUUAUUUUUUAUAUUCAUGAUCUGGGAGAAACUUAGUUCAGCAGUCUUCGUUGACACUGUGAAUUGAUCUGGUAUUUUGAGGAAAGAAUGUAGAGACUAAACCCUGCCAACAUCUCUCCUGUUGAACGUUCCUGCAUCGCUGCCUUCCUCUCUGAAUCUGCUGUGUCUGCCUGUAGCAGAUGUCUGCAACUGUGAAAUAAGAGUGCUGUGACUGGGUGAAGGCAGCUGCACAGCAAUUCCAUUCAUCCUGGCCUGCCUGGAAUAACCCACUGAGCAGUUUCAGCAAGUCUCAAGAUAGCAGUUGGUGAGAUUCUGCUCCUGCACAAGUGGAAAACUUCAUAUGAAAGCAGCCCUGGGGCCUGUCAAAACUUUCUUAAAUCUCUGAGUCUCAUUAAAACAAGGAAUGUCAUCUGAA